AUGAUGAAUGCAUCCUCGGCCCACUCCUCCGCCGCAAGCCCGGAACGGCCGCCGCCGCUUAACAUGGGCCACGACAAACUCGAGGCCGAGAUUGGCCAGAUUGGCGACGAUGGCCUCCAACACGCCCGGAACCCCGACGGCUCGUCGCUGCACGGCGGUGAGGACAUUCUCGGGCUGCAGGACCUGGAUCCCGUGCUCAACAUGAAGAUGCACCUCGUUAACAACGCGAUUGACGAGAUUGGCUGGACUCCGUACCAUCUCAAGCUCUUCUUCCUCAACGGCUUUGGAUACGCUGUCGACUCCAUGAUCCUCCUCUUCCAGUCCAUCGUCUCCACGCAGGCGUACCGCGAGUUCGGGGAGAGCGGCUACAAGAAUGCCCUGACCGUGUCUGUCUACUGCGGCAUGCUCACGGGCGCCAUCUUCUGGGGCUGCACCGCCGACCUCAUCGGGCGCAAGUACGCCUUCAACAUCUCGCUCUUCAUGUGCUCCGUGUGCUGCAUCGUCGCCGGCGCCAUGCCCAGCUGGGCCUCGCUCGGCGUCUUCAUCGCCCUCCUCGGCUUCGGGGGCGGCGGGAACCUCAUCAUGGACACGACCGUCUUUCUCGAGUACCUGCCCAGCGACAAGCAGUGGCUGCUGACCUUUCUCGCCUGUUGGUGGGGGUUUGGCCAGGCCAUCACCGGCUUCAUCGGCUGGGGCUUCCUCGUUCCCGCCAGGUGGAACUGCGCCGACGUCGCCUCCUGCACUCGCGAUUCCAACUGGGGCUGGCGCUACACCCUCUUCACCGGCGGCGCCCUCGUCCUCGUCAUGUCCAUCCUCCGCGUCACCGUCGUUCGCCUGCGCGAGACCCCCAAGUACCAGCUCAGCAUGGGCGAGGACGCCGAGCUUGUCGAGACGUUUCAGUUCUUGGCUCAAAAAUACGACCGUCCCUGCUCCCUGACUCUCGAGAAGCUCGAGGCCUGCGGCACCAUCGGCUCGGUUCAGAAGAAGAAGAAGAAGGGCUUUUCGGUGGCCGGCACCUGGUCGCACUUUAGCGGUCUCUUUGCCACCAAGAAGAUUGGCAUCUCGACGGGCAUGAUUUGGCUGUCCUGGACCCUCAUCGGUCUCGCAUACCCGCUAUUCUACGUCUUUCUGCCAACAUACCUGGCCAACCGCGGGCUCGAAUUCAACCGUUCCCAGUUCGAGACGUGGCGCAAUUAUGCCAUCACCAACAUCUGCGGCAUCCCCGGCCCCAUCAUUGCCGGCUUCAUGUGCAACACCAAGCUCCUGGGCCGCAAGUACACCAUGGUCAUCGGCGCGCUCAUCACCAUGGCCUUCUUCUUCGCCUACACCGCUGUCAAGACCGCCGAGCAGGACACCGCCUUUACCUGCCUCAUCGCCUGCUUCCUCAACAUCUACUACGGCACGCUGUACGCGUACACGCCAGAGGUUCUCCCCAGCGCGCACCGCGGCACGGGCAACGGCAUCGCCGUGGCGUGCAAUCGCGUCAUGGGCAUCGUCUCGGCCAUUGUUGCCACCUUUGCCGACACGUCCACCUCGGCGCCACUCUACGUGUGCGCCACUAUUUUCCUUGCCGCUGCCAUCGUGGCUGCCCUGUUCCCCUUUGAGCCUUAUGGCCGAAGGAGCUCGUGA